UUAAUUGUCAACACCGCAGAAAAACUUUAUACGAUAAGAAUAGUCACUUUUAUUUUGAUACGGCGGAAAACGAGAGAAAUCCAUUAAAAGACGGCCUCUCGCAGGAGUCAUGAGUUUCCUGCUGAACUUUUUGCGGGCACUGGUUCACAAUAUGUUGCAAAUACUCUCGUUUGGACGCAAAACAAUUUCCAAUUCGCUCAGUAUCUACAUCAAAACAAACACGGGGAACACUCUUUCGGUGGAUCUGGAUCCGAAAUGGGACAUUAAAAACGUAAAGGAGAUCGUCGCCCCACAACUAGGACUACAGCCCGAUGAGAUGAAAAUAAUCUUUGCUGGAAAGGAAUUAUGUGAUUCAACUAUUAUCGAGGAAUGCGACUUAGGUCAAAGGAGCAUUUUACAUGCAGUAAAGGCUCGCUCUCGACAGACCGGACUUGCAAGGAAACCUCUCGAAUUGGACCUGCCCGAAGAGCAAUUGGAGGAGCCAUCGAAGCCAUUGUGCGAAACUCUAGUUGAUUUGGAACUGCAAAAUGAGGAGCGGGAGAACAUAUCCGAAGAGGAACGAGAGAAGACAAGAGCUCAUUUCUUCGUACAUUGCUCACAAUGCGCCAAACUUUGCAAGGGAAAAUUGCGGGUCAGAUGUUCCCUUUGCAAGGGUGGAGCAUUCACAGUCCACCGCGACCCGGAAUGCUGGGAUGAUGUCCUCAAACCGCGAAGAAUUACUGGGCAUUGCGAAAGCAGUGAAACUCCCUGCGUAGAUAACGAAGCAGGAGAUCCGCCGUUUACGGAAUUCUACUUCAAAUGCGCGGAGCAUCCCUCAGGCGGCGAAAAAGACUUCGCUGCUCCACUGAACCUAGUCAAUAUGAAUAUUAGGAAAGUUCCAUGUUUGGCUUGUACUGAUGUUAGCGAAAUAGUCCUCCUGUUCCCAUGCGCCUCAAAACACGUUACCUGUAUCGAUUGCUUUCGCCACUAUUGCUCGUCUCGCCUAAUGGAUCGGCAGUUCAUCCCUCACCCAGACAUUGGCUACACUCUCCCAUGCCCGGCGGGCUGUGAAAACUCCUUCAUUGAAGAAAUUCACCAUUUCAAGUUGCUCACGAAGGAGCAAUAUGAACGAUAUCAGAGGUUCGCAACGGAAGAGUAUGUACUGCAAGUAGGAGGAGUUCUGUGUCCACAGCCAGGGUGCGGAAUGGGACUAAUCGUCGACCCAGAGUGCCGAAGGGUUCAGUGUCAAAAUGGUUGUGGUUAUGUCUUCUGUCGAAAUUGUCGUCAAGGAUAUCAUCUGGGUGCUUGUCUUCAAGAUGCAGACACUACAAACUCGGCGGGGUCAUGUGAAUAUUCGGUGGACCCGACGCGCGCAGCUGAAGCGAGAUGGGACGAAGCAUCAACGGUUACUAUAAAGGUCCUGACGAAGCCUUGCCCAAAGUGCAGAACGCCUACUGAACGUGAUGGUGGCUGCAUGCACAUGGUGUGCACACGCGCAGGUUGUGGAUUUGAGUGGUGCUGGGUUUGCCAAACUGGUUGGACACGGGACUGCAUGGGGGCUCAUUGGUUCGGCUAGUUCUUACUGGAAAUUAAGGUACUUCGCGAAGGUCGAUACCGUUACGAGAAUGCAGUGAUCACUUUCCGUUCUUACCUGAUUUCCUUCUUUCCCGUCUUCCUUAUUUUAUUUUGUAGUCUGUAUAUUUUUAUAAUUUGUGAUAACCAGCACAAACUUAUUUGUGUCUAUUUUGAUACUCAGAAGGACAUUUACAAUUACCAUUUGUAAUGUAUUGAUGCUGUGCCUUAGUCGUGUACAUAGCAAAUAAACGUAAAUAAAUUAUAAUUCUUUAG